CUUGCUUUCUCUGUAAACUGAAAUUGUAUCCCUCUCACUCCAUUUUCUUUCUUCCUCUGCUUCUUGGUUCUUAAGCCUUCUGCCCCCGCCCACGGAACCCCCCCAGUUCAAUUUUCUAUUGUGAAUGACUAUCCUCUUCCAUCUUACAUAAAACCUAUUCAGCAACCAAUCAAAGUGAGGGUUUACCAUCCUCAAAGAAUUUACAGUCGGAAACAAGAGAGCUCUGUCACCCACGAAAUUACCGCAGAUCCGGUCUGAUCUUCAACCGGAUCUAAGCCGAAGAUUCAACCUUAACAACAAGCAACGGGCAACAUUUGCAAACCAUCGGAAGUCCCUGUGGUGUUGUCUGGGCAACCAAAUACUUUUUAAGGCCAGAACCAUCGGAAGUCUCUGUGGCCUUGUCUCGUUGUUUGUUUUGUCCAGGAUCUAAUGGUGAACUAUUUCUCGAGAAACACCAGACUCGAAAACCAUUCUGACGAACCACUGAAGGUAACUGCGACAGUGGAUCGCAUAUUUCAAUUGUUGGAUGACAUAAUCAUCCAACCGGGUGAGCACAGUUACAUUAGCUACGCCGAUUUGGGGAUUGAUUACAGUGGUGGACGUCUAGUAGAAGUGCUUUUUUACCUCGGAGACCGGCAGACGGAACCUAUAUUGACAUCGCAGAUAAGGGACCAUGCGAAAAUCAUAUUCUUCAAACGCGAGGAUGGAACCAUCGCCCACAAUCUGAUCCAGGGGAGUAUGAUCCAGAUGAACGGGAUGGUUAUAUCGAUGAAAGGCGCGGUGAAAAAGAUGAAGUCAUUUCUGAAGUAGAUUGGUUUCGAAUACCCGUUGGUGUGAUUGAACAUGACGACGACAAGCAUUCUACGUGAGUCCUUUAGCCUCGCGAGGGACUAACUAGUCUGUGGUUUUGUACCAGAGUCAUGGGAAGAGUGAUAGUCAUCGAAUGUUUCGUGUAUUUGUUGGUCAACAGUAUGUACAGCUAUAAAUUUAUUUUUAUAAAAUCAUUUUAUAUUACUUUUCAA